CAAAAAUUUAGAAUUGGUUUCAAAAACAAAACUUAAACUCCAAAAACAACAACAUUAAAAUUGGUUUCAAAAUAAAAACAAAGGAAACACAUUCCACAAACAUUGUUUUUGUUUUGAGCCUCCUCUUCCUCCUUCUACUUCUUUAAUUCUUUCUCAUUUUUCAAACAGGAGAAUUCAAAAGAGUGUCAUAUAUUACCAAAUAGAGAUGUUGAAUUCUUAUAAUAAUAAUAAUAAUAAUUCAGAGGUAAAUAUUGACAUGAAUCCGGAGUCGGCAUCUAGUGGCACUAGCUACGGCAUCCUACAAAGGUGGAAGAGGGAGGACUCCCUCAAGAGAGCCUCUUUGGGAUUGAGAGGUGUUACUCUAUUUUUCUCUUUGACUUCCUUCCUCCUCAUGGCAAGUAACAAACAUGGUUAUGGGGAAAACUUUGACCACUAUCAAGAAUACAGGUAUUUGCUUGUGGUAGCAUUUUUUACAAGUAUAUACACAGGAAGCCAAGUGUAUCGUCAAAUUCAUGAACUUAUCACUGGGAAUAAUAUAUUUCGACCUACAACUGCAGCUGUGAUUGAUUUUGUUGGGGAUCAGGUAAUAGCAUAUCUCUUAAUAUCAUCAGCAUCCACAGCAGUUCCACUAACAGAUAGAAUGAGGGAGAAUGACGAUGAUGCAUUUACAGACGCUUCAGCUGCAACCAUUACUAUGUCCUUUUUUGCCUUCACAUUUCUAGCUCUAUCAGCCAUCAUAUCAGGAUACAAAUUAUCAGCCCUAACUUAAAUCUGAAGUUACACAAUUUUUCUUCUAUCAAGUUUCAGCCUUCUAUUUAUUUUUUAAUAAGAUACAUUUAUAUAUAAUGAGUUAUGAAUCAUUUGUCCUUUUUGAUGUCUUUCUGCAUGCUACAACAAUGAGAUGUGAGAUUGUACUUGUUUCAUACAAUAGUACAAGUUUUUUUUUCCUCCUUGAAAGUUCAAUAAAGUACAAGUUGAAACUAUGUUGAUAUUUCUGUUGGAUGUACAAUUCCAGAGUGAAUCAAAGAAAAAAACGCUCGGAUUCUUA